AUGGGUUUUAUCUGCUUUGUGUCCACCACAUGUAUGAUCCUCUUUGUCAUUGCUGGCUCCUUCACUUACCAUUUCAUGAGGGCGCAACUGUACUGUGCUUACUACCUAUUCUGGUCAUGGCUCUUUGACUCGAAGUAUACAAAUCAGCAAGUUCCCCACCAGUAUGAUGCCUUUGUCUCCUACAACUCCAAUGAUGAGCCCUGGGUGACUGGAGAACUGUUACCCAAACUGGAAGGAGAGCAGGGCUGGAGGUUGUGUCUGCACCAUCGAGACUUUGAACCAGGGAAGCCCAUUGUAGACAACAUAACAGAUGCCAUCUAUAGCAGCAGGAAAACCAUUUGUGUGGUCAGCCGCAGAUACCUCAGCAGCGAGUGGUGCUCCAGAGAGGUCCAGGCAGCCAGUUUCCGCCUCUUUGACGAGCAGAAGGAUGUGCUGAUCCUGGUCUUCCUGGAGGACAUCCCCACCUACCUGCUGUCUCCUUACCACCGCAUGAGGAAGCUGCUGAAGAAGCAGACCUACCUGAGCUGGCCUCGAGCUGCAGACCAGCCAGAGGUGUUCUGGGAGAAGCUGAGGAAGGCUUUGCAGACCGGAAAUGACCACAAUCAGGACAAUUUCCUCCUCAAUGUAACACAGACACAGUGCGGGGAAGGAAAUGCAUGAUAAUCAGUCAGCAUUACUAUCUGAAUUAUCCUGGUUGACUAAGGAAGUUUCUGAAUGAUACAAAUAGUAACAACUUCAGCAGUGUAUACCUAUUUUUGUGUUUUUUAAAUUUAUGAACUUAUCAAUACAUUAUAAGAUCAGCUAACAGUCAUAAAUAAGCUAUUUCCAUGCAAAUAGGUGGAACCAUAACAAGAUGGGUGGUUUUGGUCGUUAUGUUUGGCUUCAAAUAGGAUUCCUUUGUCAAAGACCCUUGUAUAUUGUUUAUUUGUACCUGCCUUGGGAACCUUUUGGACUUGCUUUGACGAAGCGAGACUUAAGGUAAUUUUCUACCACUUACAAAUAGUCUAAUAGAGGCUGGCUAAGGACAGUAACAAACAAACGGGGUCAACACCAGUUGGUAGUGUUUUAAGAAAGGAGUUUAUUUAACUAAACCAAAAAGUAAUUUGUUCAAUCAGUUGUCAGUGAUGUUAGAAUGAAUGAAUGUGUAGAAACACAUGUGGUGCAAAAAGCCAAACAUGACCAAAACUCCCAGCCUUUACAGUGCAAUGGUACACCGGGCCCAGCCACAGACCCCUAAAGCUGCUUAAAGGUGAAAUUCAUCGCACUGUUGUAAGAAAAGGACUCCAGCCAAUAUCAUUGAUUCACUGGAGGCGACUAACUUUGGUUUGACCAGGCGCCAUAUUUUAUUUUAGGGUCAACUGAAGAAAUUCAGGAUCUAAACCUUAUGGAAGCCCAUUUUAUCAUCAUAAUUUUGAGAUUGUAUCUCAUAAUUACGAUUUAGCUAUCUCAUGAUUAUGAGAUAAACAUUUUUAUUCAUCAGAGUGGCAGAAAUGGGCUUCCAUAGUAUGCAGUAAACAGGCACAUGCAUAUUUAUUUUUUUUUAGCAAUUUCCUACUUUUAUAGUUAACUGCUAAGCGAGUAAAAUCAAAAGGACAGAUAAUAGAUUGAGUCCAGCUCUAUAUAAUAUGUUGUCAUGUUCAAUAAACUACAAAAUGCAUUCCGAUGAGGCAAAUUUUUUAGAUUAAAAGUACCUUUUGAAAACAACAACCUUUAGGUACGUAUUAAGCUUGCUUUCUAUUACGCUUGUUUUUUAUAGGUCUGAUAAUAUUUUAAUCGUAAAUGUGUUUUCAUUUGCUGUAAGCAGGAAAUCAACAAAAUUAACACCCAUUUGUCUGUAAAUUAACUAUAUAAUAUGUUUCACUUAGUGCUGGAGUUACUGGAAGACAAACUUUUAAAUAAUAUUCUAGUUUAUUGAAUGAGUGUGUACCUUUGUUACAUUUAUGAGCAUGUCAUAUUAAUUUGGUUUACUGUUAUUUGUAACGUAAUUUUUUUAGGUUAUAUAGCUUGAAUUGCUUUUUUAUUCUUGUUUUGUUGAUUAAAUUACCUGUUUAAUUACUGA